AUGGAUUGGGUUUCAGGAAUGAAAAAUAUUCGUUUGAAGGAUCUUCCAAGUUUUAUCAGAACUAUAGGUCCGAAUGACAUAAUGUUCAAUUUCACCAUGACUGAAGCUGAGAAAGUUCAUAAAGCUUCUGCAUUGAUUUUGAACACAUUCGAUGCCCUAGAGCAUGAAGUCUUGGAGGCACUUUCAACAAUUUUUUUCACAGUCUACACAAUUAGACCUCUCCAACUACACCUGAAUCAAAUCAAAGAAGAUGAUAUGAAAACUUUUGACAAGCAAACAUUUUUAUGGGUCAUUAGACCUGAUCUAGUCAUUGGCGAAUUAGCAAUUCUUCCUCUUGAAAUUGUGAGUGAGACUAAAGAGAGGAGUUUUUGGCAAGUUGAGCAACAGACUAACUGUUGGUUUUGUUGCAAUCAUUUGGGGAUUGGGAUUGAGAUCGGAGGUCAUGCUAAAAGAGAGGAAGUUGAGGGUCUUGUGAGAGAAUUGAUUGUGGGAGAGAAGGGGAAAGUGAUGAAGAAGAAGGCAAUGGAGUGGAAGAAGAAAGCAGAAGAGGCCACUACUUGUUCAUCUGGUUCAUCUUGCAUGAAUUUUGAGAAAAUGGUCAAGCUUUUGCUUAUGACCAGUGGUUCAAAUUUGCAGUGUCGAUUGAUAGAUUUUAUUGAAGAAUUUAAUCUUCCUAUAAAAAGAAUUUAA